UUAUUACUUUUAGUGAAACAUCCCUAACUAUUUUAUCAGGAAGAUGGAUUCGUGUAACUUCCUCUCAGAAACGUCAAAUGGCAAAGGUUUUAACCAAAUCGAGUCAAGUAUUUGGUCCUCUUGUUGAUAAAGCUGCACGGUUAUGUACUGUUCUUGUCAUGGCAGUGUAUGAUCCUUGGGGAGAACCAGCAUUAAAUCAAUUGAUAGAAGGUCAAAUUGAUUAUUCUGAUGCAACAGUGGGAGAGUUUGUCAGUUCUGAACCUGAAGAAUUGUUAUUAACUAGAGUGGAAUCCCUCAUUGAAGCAGGCCAUAUUGAUGCAGCAAUAAAACUUUGUAAAUCAUGUCUGAUAUAUUGUUCCUCAAAUGUAAAAGAUGAAAAAGACUUAAAACACAGUUUAUCUUCUGAAAUCAUUUAUAAUAGUAAAACUUGUGCAUUUGUAGAGAAGAUGUUAAUUUUAUUACAUGAGCAAGGACGACAUAAUGAAGUAUUAGAAAUGGUAUGUAGUAAAUUAUAUAGUGGAUUCAAAUUAAUAUAAUCUACUUUAGAAAAC